GCCCGCCAGCCUAUCAGAUGCCACCCCCUGGGACCCUACAGUCGACCGCAGUACCGAGUACACACCACUUGGUCAGCAACGUUCAGCCGGACUGCACAGGGUGUGACAGUAUUUCGUCGGACAGCGCGAUGCUAUGUAAAGAUGGCUGGUCUGGCAGCCGCGCCGCCGCGUGCUGGUUUCUUCAUCAUGCCCUUUGUGCCGUUUUCUUUGUCUCCGGGUGCUGGUCGCUGGACGUCGUUCGUUUCCUUCCGCACGAGGCAUGAGGCAUUCUCCUACCUUCCGUCGCUGCGUCUAACCCGGCAGCAUGCUGUCCAACACCGUUUCUUCGUGGUUUAGCUCCCUUGCGUCAUGUUUCGGCUCCCGCGAGAAGCCCCAGUCGAGGGCGUCGAGUCCCGGGCGGAAUAUCGUCGUCCUGCGGGAGCAGCCCGCCAUCAUCUCGGGGCCGUCGGCAGAGCCGGUAUGGUCCACGGACAGAACCUACGAGAGGAUGCUGGAGCGGGAGCGCGAGCGUGAGCGGGAGAGGGCUCGCCGACAAACAGUCAGCCGGGACAGCAGUUCUGUGAGGAGGCAGUGGUUCUCCAAGUCAUCAUCGUCGACGCGCCGGCUCCAGAUAUCCGGACCGACGGACUUCCGUCACGUCCAGUCCGAGUCGUUCCAGUUUCCUCCCCCAGCAGCUCGCCCUCGCCCGCGGUCGUUCCGGCCGAUCGAGUUGAGCAUCUAUGAUCCGCAGAAUCGACUAUCCCCCAUCCUACCGCAUCUUGAGUGCGAUAUUACCCCGCCGCCACGCGCCCACACGGCUAAUAGCUCGCGAUGGGACGCCAGCAGCGGCACGACCCUCACCAACGAGCGCAGCUUCUCGUCCAUGUCGUUCCACCUUCCUCGGAGGCACGGCCGGCAGGGUUCCGGCAUGUCUGACGCCAGCAUGAGUCCCCCGAGGCUGCCGCGGCAGGGUUCCAGUCUGUCUGACGCCGGCACGAGCCCGCCCAGGAUACCGCCCAAGUCGCGGGCGCGUGCCUACACGGCGCCCAGUACCGAAAGGAUCGUCGAACGCAUCGCCAGCGCGCUCAUCGAAAAGGAGCGGCUGCAGGCCGAGAUCAACUCGCUGAUUGAGCGGCAAAGCAUCUACUUUGGGAGCCGGCCGUCCACCGGAUACGACAUGCGAGGUCUGGAGCCCAUGCCGUCAAUCCCGGCGCUCCCCGCCGCAGCGCCGUCUUUUGCCGAGCGCCUCAGUGUAGACGGCCGCCCGCACACGGCACCAUCACACGUGCCAAAUACGAACACCCAGGAAAAGACACGCGAGCUCGCAGCGGCCGCCUUCCAUUCCCGCCCACCGCUACACACGCCCUACACCGCGCCCCCCUACGGAAGCUCUGCCGAGAAAGGCAACAAUCACCUGGAGCGCCCACUGGCGCCGCCCCUCCCGCUCGUCUUGCGACCGCCCCUGCGGAAGAAGAAGUCCUUCUCGCACGUCUCGAACUGGCUCUUCCGUCCCGAAGGGGAGGGCGAGGGCGAGGGCGAGGGCGGUGACGACUCGUCGCCGACUACGGCCGCCACCUACACUCCGCGCCCCGUCAAAGAGAGCGACGGCUUCUACCAGUGCGUCGCGCCGCCCGAGGGCCUGCCGCGCACCAGCAUGGAGACCUCGUCGUCCGUCUACACGUGGACGACGGCCGACGACGAGGACGAGGCGAAAACCGUGCCCACUACGACGGCGUGGUCGCCCGAGCAGACGCCCAAGGCCGGGUCGCGGCAUACGACGCCUGUGAUUGGCGUUACCAAGGGGGAGUUUGAGAAGGAGGUGGGCGGUGGCUUGGCGGUUACUAAUCCCAACGCGCACCGGCCGCUGAGCGUGGGUGUCGCCUUCUAGUUUUUCUCGUUACUUUCUACAGUUUGUAUUGAGGGUAUACCCAUUCAUUGUAUUGUAUUCGGGCAGCUAGGCUGGGAUAGGACAUAGAGAUGGGAAAAGGGAUGGUCCGGGCAAGUCGAGCUGGAUGCUUGGCGUUGAAUGCAUCCGGUAAUGGGGGGGCUGUUUGAUUAGGUGGUUACCUGUGAUACCAUGGCGUUGCGUUUUGCCGAUAGUUAGCUGUUGAUAGAGGCAGAAGCCGCUUGCUUAGACGAGCGGGCGUUAUUGCGAGAGCUUUGCUAUAUCGAGAGCGCGUCUACACUAGAGUGAGUCAAGGUAACCGCCGGAGGUGC